CAGCCUGCUGGGUGGGGGCAGGGGGGGCUAGGGGGGGUUGUUUGAGCUCUAACUCACAUACUGUAAAAUUCUCUGACGUGUCCAAUUCAGUGGUUUUUAGUAUAUUCCCAAGGUUGUGUAAUCGUCACCCUUGUGAUUCCAGAACAUUGUCAUUAGCCCCCCAAAACAAAUGCCACACUGUCACUACCAGUUGAUUUCUGUCGCCAUUCUAGUCCUUCCCUCCAAGCCCAUGAGAACCCCUCCUGUACGGGGAUGUACCUGGCCCACACAUUGCACGAACGUGGAAUCAUGCGAUACGUGGCCCAUUGUUUCCCCUUAGCAUGUUUGUAAGACGCACUCGUGUGGUAGCAUGACCAGGACGUCAUGCCUUUUCAUGGCCCAGGCAACAGUGAGGCGUGUGGAUGGGCUCACUUGGUAUAUCCAUUCCUCAGUCGGGGGACGUUGGGACUGUUCUACUUUUUGGCUCUUAGGAUUACUGAUGCUAAGAGUAUUUGCGUACAGGUUUGUGUGUGGACAUCAGUUUUCAUCUCUGUUGGGUGUAAAUACCCAGAAGUAAGAUCUUAGAGCACCCCUGUUUACCUUUCUGAGGAACUGCCAAGCUUUCUUGUCCAAAGCGAACACGCCAUUUUGUAUUCCCAGCGGCCGGGCAUGAGGGUCCCCGGCUCUCCAUGUCCUCCCCCAGGUCCGUGAGCGUGCAUCCUUCUAGUACAGCGUGGCUGUUGAGUGGUGUCUUCAUUGUGGUUGGGAUUUGCAUUUUCCUAAAGAUGAAUGAUGUUGAACAUCUUUUCAGGCGUUUGUGGGCCAUCUGUACGUCUUCUUUGGAGACUUGUCUGUUCGGAUUCAGUUUGUAAUUGGGUUUUGUUUAUCACGGAGUUGUAAGAGCUCUUUUUGUAUUCCAGGUCCAGGUCCCUUAUCAGGUAUGUGACUUGCAAAUGUGUUUUCUCGUUCUGUUGGUUGUCUUUUCACUUUCCUGAUUGUCUCCUUUGAAGCAUGAAAGUGUCUUAAUUUUGACGAAGGCCGUUUUUAUCUGCCAGGUGCCAUUCGUAGGAAACCAUGACCUAAUCCGGGGAGCCCGUUAAUACUUAAGCCUUGCCUGUCCAGUCUGUUUCCGUAUGCCAACCGGCUGACCUGAGCCUUCACGUCACAGUCUCCCUAACACCGUAGGCCAUGUGGUUGUGGAACGAAAUUCUAGACCCCAGAGUCUCCCUGCCAGCUGAAGGCCGUGGGUGCGCCUAUCUCUCUGCGGACUUGGACAUCUCCUCCCCGAAAGAUGGAACUUGGACCUGGGAGUGUCUCCUGUUCCUGCCUGCUGGGAAGGUCCCUCACCUGGCCUUCGAGGUCGGCGUCCACGGUUGUCCCUUGCCUUCGGGACUGGCUCUCCUGUUUAGACAGGGUGGACUGGGCUAGCCGGGGCACACACAUGUAUGGUUUAGGUUCGGGCGUAGGGUCCAUAGGGUCGCAUAGUUGGGACAGGACAAGAACGGAAGAGUUGUUAGCAAGUAGUUGGAUUUUUAGGGACCCGUGGUUACCGCAGCUCCAUGAAGGGAAACUGCAUGGGGGAUGAUGUAGCAAGGUGAAGUUCAGUAGCGACCAUGUGAAGACUCUAGUGGGCCUCUGAGUACGGGGCAGCUUCCUAGCCAUCCUGGAGCCCUGGGUGUGGAUGGGGAUGUGCCCAGGAGCUGGCAGCCUGUUCUGUGAUGUGCCUGCCAAAAAGCGCUGCGUUAAUAGAGGUGUAACGUGUAAAAAAGAAGGUGGAUCCUUUCCUGUCUUCUAGCCAGAGGGGUACUCUCAGCAGCUGUGUGCUGGGCUGACCGCGCUCAGUAGACUGUGUGCGUUGAGUCUCUGUGCAUGGCCGGGGGCCUGGUACUUGGCCCAGAACCACACCACUGGUGCAGGCAGGAUUGGAACGGAGCCUGUACGCCUCACUUUUGGGACAGUGACACACUAGGAGGAUGACUGGACAUGGAGGCCUUGGACAGAGCCAUAGGAGGACGGGAGGGGACGGAGGAGUGGGUGAGGCUGAGCUGAGAGAGUUCUUCCGUGGGGAGUGCUUCCCUGGAAAGGGGACAAGGUCUCUGGGGAGAACCAGUUGAUAACGGGGUCUGGAAAACAGAUGUCCUCCCCUAAAAGAGCCCUUGUUGGUGGUUGCACUGGGAUGCCCAGGGUCCACCUGGGACGUAUGAAGGGGAUGUCAUCAUCCAGGCACAGGUGUUGGACUGCACCCCGGCUGUAGCCUCAGGCUCCAGUUCCAGCCCGGCUGCUUCCUGCUGGGGGCCCUGCUCACCGAGCCGUGCUGCCUUGUGUCAGCUGUUGUCAGUGAUAGAUCGUUCCAUGGUGACAGAUGCAUGUGAUGGCUGCACCCAGGCUGGACCAACUCCCUGCUUGUCGGGGAUCCUUUGUUGCCCUGGUGUGAACUCCCAUCAUCCCAGAGAGCACCUGCAUCUUUAAAAAAAAAAAAAAAAAAAAAGUCAGCCCACCACAACCACAAAUACAUUUGAGGGAGCAGGCUGGGCAUGGCGGUUGGGCCCCAGGGCUCAUCCCUGACCGUGCUCUCAGGAGCCAGGCAGGGGUCCUAUCUGCAGGAACCUCGAAGGUGCUGUGGAGGUGAGCUGGAAACAGGGACGCUGGGUGCCCCAUCGCCACCCUCAGCCCCGCCUUAGGGGACACGAGGGUCUGAGGUCUUCUUGCACGUGCCUGUGUCCGUCCUGUGUGCCCCCACAGGAGGGGGCCCCAUGCACGGUGGGUCUGAGGGCACUGCCCCAGCAGUGAGCGGAUGCACUGCGUCUGCAGAGUGCCCAUCACCCUCCUGGCGUUGGCCUGGGUCUUGCGUGCAGGAAGCCACCUGGGCGUCUCAGCCACCUGUGAUGCUCUCACUGCCCCUUCCCAGGUGAGAAAACCAAGGUGAGACCAGCAUUCCAGCCCAGGUCUGGCCUGGGCCCCUUGAGGCCAGGCUGCUUCCCCUUUUCCCGUGGCAGGAAGGAUGCCCACUUACUGGUAAUAAUGGGGGUGCUACUUAGAUUUAGAUUUGCUGGACGUAAAAUGGAGUCGGGGACUCGUAUGUAGAUGAAAUAGAAGUUUCCAGAGAAAUAGUAAGAUUUUUGAUUUUUUUUUUUAUUUAAACGGUUGGUAUUACCCGGAUAUGUGGAUAUGAACACACAGAUCUUGGUUUCAUUUGCUGGUGACACAGGGUACUGCAGGUGAGUCGCUGAGAAAUACACAUUCCUGGGCCUGGCCCCGGACUUGCAGUCAUAGGCUCCUCGGGAGGAGCUUUGAAAUCUGUUUUACAAGCUCCCCAUAAACAGCCGCCGUACAACCCAGCUAUUCCACUGCUAGGCGUAGACCCAAAAGAAUUGAAAACAGGUGUUUGAGCAAAAUCUGUACAUGACCUUUCACAGCCACACUAUUCACAAUGGCCAAAAGCUGAAAACAACCCAAAUGUGUGUGUCAGCAGAUGAGCGGAUGAACAGAAAGUGGCACAUCCUGACACCGAGACAUUUUUCAGCCACUAAAGGAUGAAGUACUGAUUCCUGAACCUUGACAACGUCCUGCUGAGUGAAGGAAGCCAGACACAAAAGGCCACAGAGCAUGUGAUCGUGUGUUUGUGAAAUGUCCGGGACAGGCGGCCGCAGGGACAGACAACUGGCUAGUGUGCAGGUGGGGGCAGGUAGCGACUGCUGAUGGGCACAGGGCUUUCCUUUGGGGGAUGGAAUGUUCUGGAACUCUGUGGUGGCGGUGCUUGCACAACAUUGUGAAUGCAGUCUGCCACAGGACUAUGCUUUUCAGGGGCUCAGAUGGUGGAUUUUACGUGAUUUACCACCCAAACCCCCACACCUCCCCAGGGGGUUCUUGUACCAGGCGUGGGGGCAGGGAGAGGCAGAGGGGCCCAGGGGUCAGGGGCCAGGCGCCGUCCUUACUGCCCUGCCAUCAGCCUGCUGUCUGCCUGCUGAAACAGCACCCCCCUCCUUUGGCUGCGAGGGUGCAGUGCCCUCCCUUCACCCACAGCUGGGUUCCGGGUCCUAAUUUGGGGCACCAGCCCCUCAUUGGAGGGGGUGGACAGCAACACUUGGCACGGCCUGUGCCCUUGGGCCGUGUGUCACCCAGAGGCCCAGCCCCUGCCCUGAGUGUGGGGCGGAGGCGGGUGGGUGGGGGUCCUGGACCUCCAGCCUCUCUGAGAGGCCCGAGCGUCAGAACCCAGGGUAUUGGGUGAAUCCGUUUCCUGUUGCCACUGUGGCAAGUUUCUGUGAAGUUGGGGCCGAAAACACAUUUAGUCUCCUAUAGUUCUGGCGGUUGGAAAGCCAAAAUCAGCCUCUGGGCUGAAAUCAGGUGUGGGCGGCGCUGGCUCCCUCCCGAGGCUCCCGGGGAGAACCAGUUUCCCGCCUUUCCCAGCCUCUAGAGGGGCCUGUGUUCCUCGGCUCCCGGCCCCUCCCCACCUCCAAAGUCCUGACCCCACCUUCUCCCCCCUGACCUCUGACCUUUCCUGUGUCCCUGUGGUCAGGGCGCUGGGGUGAUACUGAGGGCCCAGCCGGCCCAGGUAGGACACUCGCACCAUCUCAAGGUCCCUAAUUGUCAUUGGCAGAGUCCCUUUUGCUGUGUCCAUUCACGCGUUCACAGGUCUGGGAUCGGGAUGAGGACAUCUUCACGAGCUGUCAGUCCGCCGAGCACGCUGGGUCCUUCUGUCCCCGAGCUGUGGUGCAUUUGCGCAAGAGAACUGCGGGUCCUUGGUUAGCUGCUGCGGGUGGACCUGCCCAUGACAGGCCACCGGCUCCUGGCGCCUGAAGAGCUGAGGCUUCUCUGCUUCCGCGGCUGGUUCAGCCCAGCUGGCUUCUGUUAAGCUGCCCGAGGCCUGGGGCAAAUGCCGAGGGUAAGGGGGGGGGGGCGUGGGCCCAGGGGCACAGUGAGGCAGGGUCCCUUCCUGCAAAGAACAGUGCUCCUCCUACACAUCACCUUAGCAGCUCUGGGGGGGCUUUGUGGCGAUCCGGAUGCCCGCCCCAGAACACGGUCACCGAAGCUCUGAGGGUGAGUCCGGCUCUGGUUCCUCUAGAAGAGUUCCUUGGGCAGCCAGUGUUGAGAACGUUCUUCCAGAAGCUCAGAAUCAGACCGAGGGAAAGACACAUAAAUGCCAGUAAUGGAAUUUGACAUGCACUAUUCCCAAUGACACCUACUGCUCACUUCUGUGCCGAGAGCACAUUCUCCUGAGUCCUCCCAACGUCCCUGUGGGGUGGGAGCUGUUGUGAUCCCAUUUCCCAGGUGGUCCCAGCGAGGCCCAGACCCAGACUGCAGAGCCAGUGCACGAGGGGACCUGGGACCUGCCCUCAUCCACCUUCCAGAACUUUCUAAGGGGUAUGAGCACCAAGGUCCAGGGUAACAAGUGAGGUCUUUCUCCCUGCAGUUCUGAACCUAUCAGGUGACCCAUACUGUGUGGAGAAGGAAAGGAGCUGGACCCUGGAGAAGAAUGACAGGGUCAUGGAUGGUCUGACAAGGUCAGUUGAUGACAGGUGCUCCCCUUUUGGGAUGACGCAGAAGGGGGACGGCUCCCGCGUGGGGGCACUGGGCUGAGCCACCACCUGCCUGGUGCUCCGAGGUGCCAGUGUGCACCCCACCCGAGCCAGCCGCCCGCCCGCAAGGAUGGGGCCCCCCCGGGCGCCUCUCCACAGCAGCCCAGCUGGAAAGGUCACUCAGCCCUGGGAGGCCCUGGGAGGCUGGCAGGGGGUGCAUAUCAAAGCCUCUCAGAACUAAGAGGUUUUCCUCACUGAGUGGAAUUUCACAGCCCAGUGGCCAAUUUCUAAGUCAUGCACGUUAAUGGGCAGCUAAUGAGGUGUCCAGGCAGGGACCUUGAGGUGCCCCAGGCUCCAGAGCCCAGAUUAAGAAGUACAAAGCCAGCCGCUGGUGAGGCUCUUGAUCCCCUCUCACUGCCUUGGGGAGGACGUGAGGGGAGCCGGUCAGAGCUGUGCAGCUUUUGAGGCUUGAGCUGGGCUUGCUCUCUGCCCUCCAGUUGCCUGGGCUGCUGCCCAGCUCCACCUACCUUCCCCAGGUGCCCACCACCCUCCUCGGGGGGCCGAUGACCUCACUGGGUUCCUGGAAAACCUCCAGAAGGAGGAGGUGGGGUUUCAAUGUCUCCUACAGCAAGAAAGGCCUUUCCCAGGUGCCUGAUCUGGGUCCCUACCCUGGGGGACAGCAGAACACAGAGGCCUUCCCGGGACCCCCAGCUGACCCUUCAUGGGGACUCCCCACUCCCCUGAAUGCCUCCCCUCCUCCCUUCACCAAGGGUGCACAGACUUGUCACCUUCAUCCCGGGAGCUCCUCCAGAUGCCCCUGCUCCUGGAGCCUUGUGGUCACUCCUCCCUUUGGACCGUGCCUAUUUGUUUGGUCCUGAUCUCCUCACAGGUCGCCCCUUCCUCCAGAGUGGAGACCUCUUUCACCUCCGAUUGGCUCUGAGUCAGUGUUUGUCGAAUGACUGUCCGACAGAAUGACUGAGAACACACUCAGACCCCAGAUACAUGGGGAGCAGGGUGCUGAAUAGUGUGCCCUAGAGCCGUGGAUGUGGAAAAGGGGUCUCUGCAGGUGCAGUGAAGGUAAGGAUCUGGAGAUGAGAUCAUCCUGGGGAGGUGGCAUGUGAAGAUGGAGCCUGGAGUCCUCAGGAGCUGGACGAGGCAGGAGGGGUUACCCACUGGAGUCUUCGGGGAGCGUGGCCCUGCCAGCACCCCCUCGGGAUUUGAUGUGAGGGCUCAGUGAGAUGCCUGGCACCAGCUGCGGGGCCAGGCUCCCAGCACUGCUCAGCUGGUGGCAGCGAGUGCUGCUCGAGAUGUGGUCCAGCUGUGCACUCCCGGGCCACCAUCCCAGGUCCCUUUUGAGGUCCGUGCUAACAGGCUGGUCACUUGGCGGGCCCCGUGCUUACUGAACAUGCUCUGUGCAGGGCCAGCAAAGGUACAGUCAGUCUGCUGGUGACCACACGGAGAAGAAGCCCUCGGCGCUGAUCUGGUGUCUGUCAGAUAAGGACUGAUUGGGUGAGGCUCCAGGGCCUUGGAGAUGUUUAACUUCAAGCCGCAGUCCUCAAGAGGUGGUCCCUGGACCAGCUCUGCCCGCAUCACCGGGAAGCUGGUUAGAAAUGCAGAUUCCCAGACCCACUGAGUCAGAAGCACUGGGUUGUGACACGCUCUCGGGGGGGGGACUCGAAGCUGGGUGUCAGGAGUGAGCAGGUUCACAUUUGCAAUUCGAGGUGUGACGUUCGUGAAUGUGCAUUUUCCAGAAAGGACAGUUCCCUGUACUCUGCCAUCUUAGCUGACCGUGUCUUAGGUCGGAGACGUGGUGUCUGCUCAAAGUAUGGUCCGGACCAGCAGCACCUGACCCCCCGGAGCCUGUGAAUAUUGUGGAAUCCUGGCUCCACCCAGGUGCGAUGAAUUAGAAUCUGCCUCUUAACAAGACCGCAGGUGAUUCGUGUGCACGCUCGUUUCAGAGGAUCUCGAGGAAGCACCUGCUGACUGCCCGGGGCCUUUGCACGCACUUGAGUCUACAGCGGCCCCACAGCCCACUUUGAGCUGCAAGGUGGGCAGACAGAUGGGAAACUAGGCUCGGAGAGAUCACACACUGAGCAAGUGUGGACACUGAGGUCCGAGCUCUCUCCAGGCCCGCUUCCUCAGACUGGGGUCUGUGGUGAGAGGAGGUGCAGGCCUGCCCCUUGAGCUCUCCCAGCUGCGCCCCCUCCGACCUUCAGGCCGCCAGGAAAGCCCCGCCUCCUGGGAGGGGCCUUCACCCGGGUGGGGGAGGGGAGGGAGUCUUAAGACCCCUCCUCAGGCUGGGAGUCUCAGAAGCCGCAAGCUCUUGGGAUGGAUGGCUCUGGUCUCUUGUCCUUGUCCCCUUAGGUGUGGGGAUGUGACCCCAGUAUAUGCUUUCUAAGGCUCCCUUAAUUCCUGAUUGGUUUACCACCCCCUGGCAGAGCUAGAAUUUUCCUUCUUCCAGCCGUGGGGCCCCAGGAAAUGCAGCUGAAGCACCUGGAGCAAGCCUGAGCCCCGUCCCUGAUGGCUGAGGACUGACUGGUCACCUUGAAGUGGUAUUUGCGGCCAUGGAGGGGGGGCCGGGCGGCCGCCCAGGCCUCCCAGAGAAGCCGGUCCCUGUGGCCGCCAGCCCCGCUCUGUCCUCGCUGGGCGCCGUCUUCAUCCUCCUGAAAUCCGCGCUGGGGGCUGGCCUGCUCAACUUCCCCUGGGCCUUCUGCAAGGCGGGCGGGGUGGCCCCCGCAUUCCUGGUGGAGCUGGUUUCCUUGGUCUUCCUCAUCAGCGGGCUGGUCAUCCUGGGCUACGCGGCCUCUGUUAGCGGUCAGGCCACCUACCAGGGCGUGGUUGGAGGGCUGUGCGGCCCCACCAUUGGGAAGCUGUGUGAGGCCUGCUUCAUUGUCAACCUGCUCAUGAUCUCCGUGGCCUUCCUCAGGGUGAUUGGGGACCAGCUGGAGAAGCUGUGUGACGUCCUGCUGCCCAGCGCCCUGCAGCCCUGGUAUGCCGAGCAGCGCUUCACCCUGCCCCUGCUCUCCGCGCUGGUCAUCCUGCCCCUGUCCGCCCCGCGGGAGAUCGGGUUCCAGAAAUACACGAGCAUCCUAGGCACCCUGGCCGCCUGCUACCUGGCUCUGGUCAUCGUGGUGCAGUACUACGUCGGGCCCCAAGGCCUCGUUCGUGAGACCCGCCCUGCAGUGAGAGCCGCCUCCUGGACAUCCGUAUUUAGAGUCUUCCCGACCAUCUGCUUUGGAUUCCAGUGUCAUGAAGCUGCCGUGUCCAUCUACUGCAGCAUGCACAACCAGAGCCUCUCCCACUGGGCCCUGGUCUCCGUGCUGUCCCUGCUGGCCUGCUGCCUCAUCUACUCGCUGACCGGGGUUUAUGGCUUCCUGACCUUCGGGACAGACGUCUCUGCCGAUAUCCUGAUGUCCUACCCGGGCAACGACGUGGUCAUCAUCGUGGCCCGGGCUCUCUUCGGGGUCUCCAUCGUGACCGUCUACCCCAUCGCACUCUUCCUGGGGAGGUCCGUGAUGCAGGAUUUCUGGAGGAGGAGCUGCUGCUGGGCAGGUGGGCUCGCGGCCCUGGCGGAGCCCUCGGGGCCGUGGGUCCGGGGGCUGCUGACCGUGCUAUGGGUAGCCGUGACGCUGGCCCUGGCCCUGUUCCUGCCCGACCUCAGCGAGAUCAUCGGCAUCAUUGGGGGCAUCAGUUCCUUCUUCAUCUUCAUCUUCCCAGGUCUGUGCCUCGUUCAUGCUGCCAGCGUCGAGCCCAUGGCUCCGAACGUCAAGUGCUGCUUGGAAGUGUGGGGAGUGGUCUCCGUGCUUGUGGGCACCUUCAUCUUCGGGCAGAGCACGGUGGCCGCGGUCUUGGAACUCUUCUGAGCGGGAGGGGGUCGGCCUGGCCUCCACGCGGCGCCGGUGUGGCUGCCCCCGUGUCCAGCUGCGACCCGUGUCCUUUCAUUAUAAAGAUGCUGCGGAAACGGACCCGUCCUGUCUUCUAAGGUUGCUCAUUUGGGCUUGUGCGGGUUCAGGGGGUUUCAGGUGCAGUGCUGAGGAGGGUGUACUGACGUCCUGGGGCUCCCCUAACAGAAGGCCACACGCUGGGGGGCUUCAGACACAGUCCCGGAGGGGGGCGGUCUGAGACUGAGGCGUGGCCAAGACCGUGCUCCCUCUGAAGGCUCUGGGCGAGGGCCCUCCCGCCGCCUGCAGCCCCUGGUGUUGCUGGCCACCCUUGGUAUUUCUUGGCCUGUAGACACACCCCUC